CCGCGUCAACUUCAUUCUGAUAUCAUUGGCGAUGAUUCCUCCAAAGGAUCCAUCUUACGUAUUCAAUUAGCCUUGAAUUACUCUGUAUUGUGGCAGCUUCGCGGGGUCUGGGGCCCCAGGAUCGGACCUGGGGUAUCAGAAUCAACACUCUUGGUGCAUCCAUACAGAUAUCUCAAGUUUCUCGGAUAACCCUAGAAGGUCAGCCACCUGAGCCUGACGAGAUAACGAGAACAACUCGAACAACCAGAUCCCCUCUUUCAGCUCGAGCCAAUGUAGAUCUCGAUCAACCCCAGAUUUUGAGAUUGUUAUCUCCAUUUCGGAAGUGCCGAAGCCUGGACUCUUAUCUCAAGGGUGCGAUCCUCUCUACUUCAAUGCCGCCAGCCCUGCUGUGGCUACCUUUCUGCCCUUGUUGAAUUGUAACUGGAUAUCACGUCUCUGAGAAUGGGAAUUAAAGGCAUUCUCAGCAAGACAUCACUUGCGAACUAUGGCCGACAGAUCAGGAACGCACCGCGCGAGGUCAUCUUCAGCCGGAGCUUGAUCCUGUCGUCCAUGAUGUAUGCUUCGGCUGCCGUUACUUUAACAUGGGACCAAGGAAUGGGAUCAACCGUUCCCUCCCUCCCAGGCUUCCAGAACCACUUUGGUAUCAGCUCCGGGUCCGACGCUGGUGCUAUCAAGAACUUCGUCUCCCUCGUCUACCUCGGGGACGCCGCCGGGGCUGCUCUAUCAUUUUUCGUCAAUGACCGCGUUGGACGUCUGUGGUCGUUCCGCUUAUACUGCUGCGUAUGGUUCGUCGGACAGAUCGUCGCCAUCGCAACCCCCAACGUAGCAGGGCUAUACGCCUCGCGCAUAAUAUCAGGCCUCGGAAUCGGCGCUCUGAGCGUCACCAGCAUCAUGUCCAUCGUCGAGAUCGCACCCGCCGAGAUCCGUGGCCUCCUCGCCGCCUGGUUCUCGGUUGGAAUGGGCAUCGGGCUGAUGGUGUCUGACUUUUGUGUCUACGGCGUGCAGCUGCACAUCGCCCCGAGCAGGCUCCAAUACCAGGUCGUCUGGUUCGCACCGUGCAUCUUCAUGUUCCUCUGGUGUGUAGCUAGUUUCUUCCUCUGCGAAUCUCCACGCUGGCUCCUCCUUCGUGAUCGACAUGAUGAAGCCCUACAAGCCCUCAUCCACCUUCGACGCCUCCCAGCUAGCCAUCCUCGCGUGCAGGAAGAACUCCAAGCCAUGACCGAAGCCAUCCGCUCAGAGACAGAGAUCCAAUCCUCUGCUGUAGACGACAACUCCCCAUCAAAGGUCGUCAGCAUCGCAAAGGAAGUCUUCACCGUCCCUUCCAACCUCCGCCGUGUUCAACAGGCCCUGAUCCUGUAUGUCUUCCCCCAGCUCUCCGGCGGCAACUCCAUCACAAACUACUUCAUACCUGUACUCGGGAUCAUCGGCGUCGACGGGGAUUCAACACACCACCUCUUCCUGACCUGCAUGUACGCCCUAUCCAAGUUCUUCUUCAGCCUCUUCGCCUCCUUCCUCUUCAUCGACGUCCUCGGCCGCAGAAACUCCCUCUUCAUCGGAAUCUCCCUCCAAAUGCUCUCAGACAUCUACAUCGGCGCAUUCAUCAAAGUCGAAAACGACAACAACAACGGCGCCCCCCGCUCCGCAGGAGAAGCCGCGUUGGCUGCGAUAUUCUUACACGCCCUCGGCUACUCAGUCGGCCUCCUCACCCUCCCCUACGUCUUUGGCGGCGAGCUCUGGCCAAACCGUAUCCGGUCCUUUGGGGCGGCCCUGGCCCAGACCUUUCACUGGCUGUUUCAUUAUGCUAUGACGUAUGCGCUGCCGUCGCUGCUGGAGCGGACGGAGAACUGGGGCGCGUUUGUAUUCUUUGCGGUGUGGUGUGCGGUUGCUAUUUUAUAUGUUUUCUUGCUUGUGCCUGAGAUGGCGGGGUAUACGGUUGAGGAGAUUGAUAGGAUGUUUAGUGGGCCUUGGAGGGUGACGGGUGUUAGGGGGGUGAAGGGGGGCGGAGGGGAUAGAAGUAAGAUUAGGAAUAGGAGUGGGAAUAGCGAUGUUGAGGAGGUUAUUGAGGGGAGGGAUUUGGAGAGGGUCAAGUAA